AUGGCUUCCAGACAAGCUGCCUGUGAAGCUUGUCGGAAGGCAAAACAAGCAUGCGAUCACGAACAACCUGUAUGUUCGCGAUGUAGGUCCAGCAAAGGUAUAUGUAUUUAUCGCACUGCGCCGUUUAAGCGGAGGCGCGUCGAGAAACCGAGUGAUUUAUCCUCACCAGACCCUUCUUCGCCCACGUUCACUCCCCGGCGCAACCCAUAUCCGAAUCCAGGUUACCUAGGUUCAUCCAGUCACGCGGCUAUAUUCAAGCAUAUCACGACCGACGGAGAACCGAACGCCGGAGCUCAUACGGGCGUCUCCGAAUCUCCAACACCGCAAUGGAUCGGCGACAACUACUUGCUGCUACAGGGCGCUGAUGUCCUCCGACACCUGCUAAAGGCAUAUCCACUAUCUGCUAUGAAAGAGCUAGUUAUGUUUUGGUUGUCCAAAGGCGCAAACCUAGCUCUUGCAGAACCUUUUGUCGCACAGUGUGCCGAGAGCGUGAGCAAGCUAUUUGCAUCAAAUGACGAGAAUUGGCAUUUAGUAUAUGCGAGACGUUUACUCCACAACUCAGCGCAACCGUUGAAGUUUCACCAGUCUAUGGAUCUAUCCGAGUUCUCGACGCAAUUUAUGGAGCAGAAUUGUCGCUGGGAAACAAUUGGGAUAUUCUUUGCGGCUGUUAGUCGGGCGACUAUUGAUAUUCCUUUCUUUCCAUCUCUUUAUACAUCAGAUGAAGACCAGUAUAAUUUGCGCCGACUUGCUACUAAACUUUGUGAUUUUGCGCUGGAGAUCUCACUCUCACUUGACUGCCUGAAUGAUCUACAACUAAUAAUUCAGUAUGAGAACUUUAUUGUUCAUUCUUACGUGGACGGUGACGAGAGUUAUCAUUCAUGGCGCAAACUUGGCGAUGUCAUCUCCUCAACCUUCGCUAUGGGAUAUCACGAGAACCUCGAGGCAAAACCCGGUAUUCCGCGGUUUCUCAUGGAGUUGCGGAAGUCCGCAUUUGCGCGCAUAUACUCAGCAGACAAGAAUAUUGCUAUCUUCCUAGGUCGCCCACCUAGAAUGAAUAAACGCUUCUGUCACUUUCAGAUUCCAUCCUGCCAGACAAAUUCACAACCAGACAGCGAUAUCAUAUUAAAUAACCAUCUUAAUCAACAUGUCUGGCAUCCUGAUUCUAAACCCGGAUACCGGGCGGAUUCGCGCUGGUCCGCACUCUGCGCAUUUCUAAAAGAGGAGGUAUGGGAACUAUUGCAGGAUAAGCAAGAUAAAAAAUGCGUCGAGAAAGCAAGCAAAAUCCAAUUAAGUGCCGAAGAACAGUGGCGUGCACUCCCGGCCCAUUUCCGCCUGGAAAGCAGUCUUAAGCAGUGUGCUCGUACACCCUUUGGUAGAGAUUUUCUCGCUCACGUUCGACUUCAGCAUUUGCAUGUGCUAUUCUUACUUCGCCUCUUAUUAUUGAAUACGCUUACUGAACCUGAUAUCCCCAUCAUCGAAACAGCGGGACAAAUGCUUUCUAUCGUUGUGGAGGUAAUUCUCCUCCGCGAUCAAAUAAUCAAUUCAGGCACUGGCCUUGUAUGGAAGGUCGCAUAUUACGGUCUCCCAGCCGCGGGAAUAAUUCUUCUAGCCCUCCUAAAACAGCAUACAACUACGGCGACGAGUAUUUCCCGUACAAAGCUUCUGCGGGAUCUCAGUGUAUUUGUGGCAGAAGUGCAGAUGGGAACUAUUGUUCGUCUGGGUGACCCUAACUAUGCGCUUUUGUCCAGGGCGACGCAGACAAUUCAGCGGUUCCUGGACUCAUUUAAUUCUGAUGUUGUUCCGACGAUAGGGUCGGAGCUUCAGGGACAUCAUGAAGAGGGAAGUGAUGAUUGGGCUGCAUUGUUGAGUCAGGACCUGUGGGAUUUCGAGGCUGGCUUUUGGCAGUCUCUUGCUGACCAUCCUGCUUUAUUAGCGGUUGAUCCGCCCUUGCCUGGUGUCUAG